AUGGCUACCACCAGUGUGCCGUCUAUCGACAAUGUCUCAACUCUGCCUCAGCCAUCUCACAUCACUCUUCUCCUCCGCCACCACAAAUCAACAACACUACUUUCAGUCUCGCCGUCUCAGUCCUUUGAGAGCAUCAAGACUCUGUUGCUAUCUGCACUAAAGGCGCGUAACAUCGCCAGCCUUCGCAACAGUUCAGACCCCGCCAACCCCACACCCCUACCUUCGUCACCGGACGACCUCGACUUUGGUGUUCUCUCCGACAAGAAGGACCAUUCAAAAGGCUGGACUCUGCUGACACCAGACCUAACGGCUUCGUCUUCUGCCAAGAAGAAGUCCGCCAGCAGCAAAGCAGCCGAUGCCGACACGCCCAGCGGAGCAGGUCUUGUCGACGGGAGUUGGCUCGCCUACCGCGCCCGCAAGUCAUCUGGAGAUGGUGACGAGGCAAAGGUUGAUGAGAAUGGCGAGGUCGACGUGGAUAUGGCAGAAGAUCAAGGCUGGGAUGUUGUGAUCCCUAGCUUUGAGGAAGAUGAACUCGUCGAAGACGAUGCUGCUGCCGAAGCAGGUCCGAGCUGA